CACCAAAUAAAUAUUGACGUUUCGCUUGCCGUGGAAAUGCCGAUACGGUGAUUUUUCCAAUUUUCCAUUAUUUAUUCGAAUUUAUCACUACAAACGUGUCAAUUACUUGCACAAUUACAAACUAUACCUAAUGGUCUCGUUAUAAAAUGCCUCGGCCUAGGAAAGUAGUCCAAAUUAAGCUCGCAAAUGACAAUGGAACUAGUAGCAGUUCGUCUAGUUCAGAGUGUGUUGAAUCCCGUGCUUUUAAAAUACUUUCCAUAUGGAAAACUGGCGUAGGAGUCGCCUGCUUCAUCAUAGCAGUCUAUGUCGGCACUUUGGGGUACUUAGAGACACGCGUUAACACUCCAUUUGAUGAUGAAAAGAUCAUAGGACCGACAGACUCAGGCAUAUAUGUGCCGGAGAGGUAUUGGGGUUCGUACCGACCUGGGAACUACUUUGGAAUGAAGACGAGAGAUCCUCGCUCACCGGUCAUGGGGCUCAUGUGGUACGAACCCACUACAGGACACAAAGGGAUCAGACACUGGUGCGACCAAGCGGACAACCUGGCCUCCUACGGCUGGGUGAGACAUGACGGGGUGCACUUCGGGGAGCAAGUCAUUGAAGACAGCCCGCACACGCUCACCACUUCCUUCAUCAAGACGUUGGGAGGGGAGUAUGGGGGGCACUGGACCGCCAGGAUAGAUGUGAAGAGCGAGGGCAACGCGUCACACCCCUUCACGCUGAUCUGGUACGCCGCCCUGGACGAGUCGCUGGGGCCGGCGGCGCCGCACAGCCGGCUGUGGAUGGAGGGCGGCGCGCUGAUGGGGCACACUCCUCAGCUCAACAACUUCCGCAUGACGCUCGUGCCUAAAGGCAAGCUGGUCCACACAUCCUACUCGGAGGCCAACGCGGCUGGUCUGCACGUGCUGAAGGAGAAGGUGUAUUCUCUGCUGCGCGUGGAGCGGCACCCUGAGCUGGGGAGGCAUGCUGUGCUGGCUCCCGACCACGAGCUGAAGGAUCAUGAAAAAGACGUAAACUUCGUCGCCAUCCAACUCCUAGUGAAUACCCCUUUCACUCUAGACGUAGUCUACACUACGGAAGACCUGCCCACGCCGCCGCUGAAGGGAGAUAGCUACACGGAGGCGUUGGAGGAAAAGAGACGGACGUUCGAUGAACAGUUUGAGGAGACUUUCAAACUUGCUGAGAAAGGCUACUCACAAGAAAACAUCUCCAUAGCCCGUGCGGCAUUCUCCAACUGUCUCGGCGGCGUCGGCUACUUCUACGGCGCGGGGCGCGUGCAGAGCUCCUACACUAAGGAGCCGGUGCCUUACUGGAAGGCACCGCUUUACACCGCCGUGCCUAGCCGGUCAUUCUUCCCCCGCGGUUUCCUCUGGGACGAAGGGUUCCACGGGCUACUGCUGGGCCGCUGGUCCCCGGAGCUCCAGCUUGACGUGGCGGCGCACUGGCUCGACCUCAUCAACGUCGAGGGCUGGAUCCCCAGGGAGCAGAUCUUGGGCGCAGAAGCCCUAGCACGAGUACCCAAAGAGUUCGUAGUACAAUCGAACGCGGCGGCCAACCCGCCGAUGUUGCUGCUUCAAGUAGCGAAACUGGCGCAACGGCCCGAGUUCGCUAAGCCGGGGCCACUGAGGGCUAAAUUGCAUCGAUGCUUUACUAGAUUGCAGGCGUGGUACUUCUGGUUCCUCAACAGCCAACGAGGCGACCAGCCCACCUCGUUCAGAUGGCGCGGCCGUACGGAUGACAAUCUUCAACUCAACCCGAAGACAUUGAGCUCCGGCCUCGAUGACUAUCCGAGGGCGUCCCACCCGACAGACGGCGAGCGGCACGUGGACCUCCGCUGCUGGGUGUACGCCGCCGCCGACGCCAUGACCACCAUCGCCAGGGUGCUGGACUGGGAGACUGACAAAUUCGAAGUGACCCGCGAUCAGCUCAGAGACGAAGACUUGCUGAAUGAACUACACUGGUCCCCUCACACCGGCACCUAUGCUGACUACGGCCUCCACACGGACGGCGUGCGGCUGGUGCGGCAGUCGCCCAAGUCGGUGAAGCCCCCGGACACGCCCCGGGUGCUGCGCAGCGUCACCACCGCGCCCUCCCACCGCCUCGUCACUUCCGCCUUCGGUUACAUAUCGCUGUUCCCAAUGCUACUGAAGGUUUUGAGUCCAGACUCUGAUAAAUUGGGCAAGAUUCUAGAAGACCUGGACAAGCCUGAUCUGUUGUGGUCGCCUUAUGGUCUGAGAUCACUAUCAAAGUCCUCCCCCCUCUACAUGAAGCGCAACACGGAGCACGACCCGCCGUACUGGCGCGGGCAGGUGUGGGUCAACAUCAACUACCUAGCGCUGGGUGCGCUGCAGCACUACGGCCGCAAUCGGGGGCCGCACGCGGCGCGCGCACUGGACCUGCGCCGCCGGCUCAGAGACAACCUCGUCAACAACAUCCUGACCCAGUACAAGAAGACAGGCUACUUCUGGGAGCAGUACUCGGGCGAGGACGGCCGAGGCUCCGGAUGUAGACCAUUCACCGGCUGGACCGCGCUGGUGGUCCUCAUCAUGGCUGAAGACUACUGAGGGUUCGAAGAAAGAUGACUGGAGGAGAGAGGAUUUGAAGGGAGAUGAAAAUUGUUAAGUAAGAGCGAGUGGGCAAUGAAAAUGUACCAGUGACAAUAGCAGUGGUGUACAUAUGCAUUAAAAGUCAUAAGUUGAGGGAGUAAAUUAUGAAUUAAUUUGAAUUACUAAGUACUUAGGCAUUCCAACAGGUUCUAAAUAUGUUAUUUUCCAAAAUAUGUAAGUAGGUAUAUAUUUUUAGAAAUAAAACCGCGAAUUUAACUAUUGUAAAGUACUUCAGUAUGAAUCAUUUCAAGAACACAAAAACUUGAAACAAACAAAAUUCGGCGGCCUUAUCAAAGCGAAACGAAAUUUUCUCACAGAAAUCCUUUGGGUAGAAGAAAAACAUUAUAAUUUUUGGUAUACUUACUUAGUUAGCAUCCUACGCUGGAAGUUAUUUAUGGCAUUUUUUUAUUCUUUCUAUAAUCAACUUGAAUAAAGCAUUUAAUGUGAUAUAGGUACUAAAAUAAGGUCUAUUAUUAGUUUUAACUUGUAAUGACUGCACUUGUUCAACCUAGUAUAACGUUAAAUCUAUUAGAUGGGUCUCGCUAAUCCGGUCUCUUGCUUCUUAGCCUACUAUUCGAUGAUCGCUCAUUUUAUAAAAGAGCUUAAGCCCAGUGCCCUGUUUUUAAGCGACUUUGAAAAACGGAGGAGGUCCUCCAUUCGU